GUCGAAUUUCGACUUUUUGGCGAACACUAGUGUACAUUAUUAUGUAUAUCGCUUAUCCUUGCUUGCCCUUAAUCCUGCAAGAAAGAUUGAAUCACGACAUCCACAUAACACAAAAAUCAUUCAGAUGAUCUCAAUUGUAAUCAGGAAUCCAUCAUAUUUAUCUCGAAAUUUGAAAUAACAUAAACGUCCUUGAGAGGGAAAGACACAAUAGAAAAUAUUUUGUUUCAUUUUAUCACUAAUGUAAAUAUUUGAUAGUUGAGCCAAUUACUAUCUAGUUUAUUACAGAUAUAGCUAUCAUAUUUACUAUACACAUUAUAAUCUUCAGCAGUGAUUUUUUUUUUCUUUUAAUAUUUGAUAAAUAACGUAAACAAGUACGUUUUCAUUUCACAGUGGAAACUGCCCAUAUGAUUUCGAACCUGCCAAUUUCGGUUCAGGUGAUUCCAAAUUAUAAUUUUUUUUUUCUCUGAUAUGGUUAUUCUUGAUGCCAGUUUUUAUAAGUCCUUAUAUAGAUGAAUUGAAAAUACUUAUUUUUGGACUGUUUAAGGGAGUGAUGACCCGGAGUAAGAAUGCGAACAAGAAGAAAGGUAGAAAAAGAGGAACCGCGGAGUCCGGGUACACGAGCGCUAGGAGGCGGGAAGAGAAGAAGUUCCAGCCGAUCGCUGUUGUCUUCAAGGGGGAAGAGAUUCAAGAAAUCGCGGGCAUUUUAGGAGUACCGGAGCCGGUUUGACUGGGUGGAAUAAAUGUAUUAUCGUUUGACAGGAUGACUCCCAGACACUUUUGGGUGCUGUAGUUCUUAACAAGUUUGAUGUUGUAAAAAAACUUUUGAAAGAUGGCUUUUCAAUAGACAGUUGUAAGGAGGAUGGAGUCACACCCCUUAUGUGGGCGGUUCGUCUAAAACACCGGGAAAUGGCCAAGCUUCUUAUCAAAAGAGGGGCCAACUUGAACAUGGCUGACAGUGAAGGAAACACUGCUCUGAUGACCGCUGCCAGUACCAAGAGCUGGACCCAAGAUCUCUUCCUGGACAUAUGGAAUAUCAUUAAAGAUUCAGGGUUUAACAUUAAUCACUCCAAUAAGACAGGAAAUACAAUACUACACUUCGCAGUAAAAAGAAAUUGGGGGGUUGUAGUGGAUUUGAUAACCAUGGAUGGUGCCAAUCCCAACCUCGCAACUAAUAAAGGUGUCACGCCGAUCAUGAUGGCCUGCUCAAGACACCAAGUCAACAUAAUAGAAACCCUCUUGGCACAUUCAGCUGACAUUUCGCUGGAAGACCAGAAAGGCUGCACAGCAUGUUGUUAUGCAAUAGCAUAUAUGAUUCAGAAACGAAAUGUCACAAUUGAGUUUGCUAUUGAGGAAAUGAUAUCCUCUAUGAGAACAGAUAAUUCAAAACUGUCUGUGAAAUGUUACUUAAAGAGAAGAUUGGAGUUGCUACUUAAUCCGCCUGAAGAAAACUUCAGUAAGACAAUUUUUUCAGUAAUCAUUCAUAUCAUCACUUUUUUCUUACGCUUUGUUGUUGAAGGGAUGUCUGUUUUACUUCAGCUGAAUGUCUUCAAAACUGUAAGAAAUGCCAUAGAAAAGCAUAUUAAAGAUAAUGAUUAUAUUAUUGCCUUAUUAAAGAUUUUAACUGAGUUAGUGCGGUACUGCGAGUGUUGCACAUCCCAUAUCCCAUGGGAGAAUGUUGCUUUAGCUUUUAAUGAAGCUGGAAUUCCAUGUGUUUGUUUGCGUUUGCAAAAAAGGUUUGGAAAUUCUCCUUCACUGCAUGCCACAUUUCUACCUCUAUUUUUAACUUGCAAGCACCCCAUGACCAAAUUGUGGCUACAGAAAAAUUUCAAAUCCCUAAGCCAUCAUUAUCGACAAUAUAUUCAGAUCCAAAGUGUUCAAUCUGAAUAUAAUUUUUAUCCUAAUGAAGCUCAUUCUCAAAUGGUCCGGAAAUGUUCAUUGCAUUUCAAACAAUUGAUCGGACAGCUACAAAGAGGAAAUAUAAUUCAACAGGAGCAGAAACAAACAAAGAAAAAAAAAGAUAAAGCACUUGAUAAAAAAAAUAAUUCACAACAAAGUGUUAACUUUUUUAAGAAAAACAGCUCGGAAGCAGAUAAAUUAUCACUCAAACCAGAUGAAAACAAAAAACAGUCAAAUAAAGAAGAAAACAUUAUAAUAGCUGUAAUUAGCAAUAAAAAGAAAGAAGAAAGAACAAUAAAUCCAGAAGAUCACAAACCUAAUACACCACAAGAGACUUAUUGGCCUUUAGAUAAAAUCAUUGAUGUGCAAACCAAAACUGAAGAAAGUGAACUUGAAAUAGAAGAGGAAACUGAAGACCUAACCAUAUAUCCGAAAUGGAGAGAAGAGUUUAGGGAGGGAUGCCAGCUGUUUGGAAUUAAUAUAGAAAACAAUAUUCAGAAAUAUGAUAAAGAAAUUGGAAAUGGUGACGUGAUGUCUGAGGAAGUUUGCACGAACAAAGAGGUAGAAUUAAAGAUUUCUGAGCUAGAUAGUUUAUUUGAUAAUGUACUUAACAUUUUUGAAGUUUCUUGGCAAGAAGAUUUUAUUCAUGGGUAUGAAGAUGUUGAUAGCGGCAUUAAAGAUUAUCUUAAACUGAUGUAUGCCCUUCCAAAUAUGGAGAUGUAUCACUGGUCAGAAGUAACCCAGAAGUGGAAAGAUUUGUGUAACACUCUGAGGCUUAAAUGGCCAGAAAGUGGAGACAAAAUCAUUCCAGAUCUUAAAACAUUUUUACAGAACUUUACUGAAGGUUUAAAUGAAAUACAGUUCAUGAAAACUCAAGACAGGGAGAGCUCCCUUUCCUCGGAUCAAGACAUCGAUCAGGGAAACAGUAAUUCAGUUAUUUCAAUUGAACAAUUUAUCCGUGAAAACCAAGAAGAGAUGCAUUUAAAAAUUAAGAAAUAUUGUAAUUCAAUAAAUGAUGAUGAUGUUAAUUCAACAGAAUCUUUAAGUCAACAGAAUGAAGAAGAAUGUGAACCUCAAAAUGAAUGCUCCUUAGAAGAGAUAUGUGUUCCGACACCAAAUCAGUUACAAGAACAGAAUUUAAUCAAGGAAGCAUCAUUGCAGUUAGAAGUUAAUGAAACUCAAGUCACUGAAGAAUUUACCACAGUUAAUUCAGAAGAUGUUUAUGAAAAAUCAGAGGCAUUAAAAAUUGGAUUUGUAAGCACAUCAGUUGAAAAAAAUAAUGAUGGAAUAUGCCUAGAAAUAGACAGUACAAAUAUCCACGAAAAGGAAGACAAAGAAAUAUCUGUUGGCUCCACAAAUGAAGAAAAACCUUGUAAUACAAAAUGUUCAAAUGCUGAAUCGUUAAAGAUUGAUAAAAAUGUGGAAGAGCAACUGGAAAUUUGGAUGGUCGCUGAAACUCCAAAUUUUCCAUCAAAGACUCCAUUCCCACCCCCUGGUUUCAUUCAGCUACAAUUAUCCAAGUUAAAAGAAAUAUAUCACCAAAACUGGCGACAAACAGAGUUUGUCAAGAAAAGAUAUUCAAAGCACAUAACAACAUUGAAGUGUGUAAGAUCAGUUCUGAUUAAAGAUAUCAUAAUGCCACCACCACAUUUGCAAAUGCACUUCCUGAUGGAACAUGGAGGUUCAUUUGGGUCGGUUACCCUUGCAUUGGACCUGAAUUCUGGGAAACCAUUAGUAGUAAAGAGACUUGCACAAAAUGGUUCCAUUGCUUUACGAAUGAGGGCUUGGAAGAUACAUAGUUUAAUGAGGAGAUUAUUGUAUGUUUACUCUGAAUUCUUGGUACCGUUUACUCAUUGUGUCGAUACCGAACGAUUUAUACUCCUAGCUACGCCAUUAUGCCAAAGAAACAUCAAUGAGCAUUUGGCUCUUCUCAAAAGCACAGGCUGCUUCACGAGGGAAAAAGCAGUGUCACUCGUUCAGCAAACAAUGGCAGGACUACAUUAUCUUCAUUCACAAGAGCCUCCGAUUGUUCAUGGUAACCUGAAGCCAACCAAUUUAUUACUAGAUGCUGCAGGGAAUCUGAGAUUAGCAGACUUCGGGAUACAUGAGACAAUAGGAGGACUUCAUUACCUUCACCCACAAGAGUCCCCUAUUGUCCAUAGCAAAGUGAAGCCAACCAAUUUGCUAAUUGAUGCCGCAGGAAAUCUCCGAGUAGCUGACAUCGGUGUUCAUGAGACAACAUACCAGCAACUCUGUACCUCCAUGAAAGCAGCCUUAUGGUGGUCUCGAGAAACAUACUGGCAUUAUCGUAUUGAUUGGACGGUAAUGGCUACAUGCUCGUCUGAUGUACAAGUGCUUGGAAUGCUUAGUCAUUACAUUCUAACGGCUGGUUUACAUCCUUUCGGGAGAACGCCUGCGGAUAUUGUUAGAAGUUUAAUCCAAGGAACUCCGAUUUUGAAACUUGACAACCACGAAGCCUUGGAUUUAAUUUCGUGGAUGUUGAGUGCUGUGCCGGAAAAAAGACCAACUACUUCUGAUAUAAUGAAGCAUGUAUUCCAUUGGGACAAAAACAAAAGGUGGAAAUUCUUAUUAGUAUGUGCAGGAAUAAUGGAAAAUAUUUCUCUCACUCUAGUUUUGGAACAUUUCCAUAAAUCCAUUGACAAAUAUGCAUUACAGCAUAAAAUCAACACAAAUUGGGAUGCGAUGGCUUCAAAACCGCUCAACACAGCCAUUUCUAGGACAGGUUAUAAAGAAACCAUUUCAGGCCUGUUGUGUUUACUGAAAGACAACCACCCAUCAUCAUCAAGCUGGUUUUUACCCAGUUUCCCGUCAUUACCUUUUAUCCUCUGUCGCCUCCUAGAGGAUUCUCCUUGGUUUUCCCAUCCAGAUCUAGCUCAGUUUAGGUCCCUAUAACUUUAAGUAGCAACUGACCCAAGGUAAACAGGUAGUCAGAAGCUACUAAAUGGCAAUAAAAAAUAUAAAUUUUAAAUAUAAAUAUACAAUUUUACUCUCGUA